UUUUUGUACUCUUUGCGUAAAAGUUGACUUAAAGUUAUACCUGUGCCGGCUGUGUGUAUGUAUAACUCCAUUGACGCCCAUUUUUGACCCUACCAAAACCCGGAAUCAUAGACACUUUUUCACCAACUACCUUCAAUUCACACCAUCUUCAUUCGUCAAUCUUUCACAAUCUUCAUUGAUCAUAGAGUACUCCAUAUUGAAUCUGUUCAUGAAUUUUAUUUUCUGGGUUUGUCAAUGGCUUCCAAAGUUGCUGCUACACAAUCUGCUUUUGCAGUUUCUCAUUUGAUCAAAGAUGAUCUGCCCUCUAAAUUCCGAUUUCCAUCUAAUUGGAAAAUUGAUUUGAAUAAAACCCACAAGUUGAAUUUUGUGAUUCGGUGUCAAGGUGAUGAUUCUGGGAAUAAUCUUCCUAAAGAACCUCUUAAAAAUUCGAAUUCUUUGCCCAAACCAUUGUCUGUGACUAAAAUUUCUGGUAGCCCAAUCAAUUCAUCAAAAUUACGUGUAGCUUUUAAGGGGCUACCUGGGGCAUACAGUGAGGAUGCUGCAUUCAAGGCCUAUCCUCAGUGUGAAACUGUUCCAUGUGAAGAGUUUGAAGAUGCAUUCAAGGCUGUUGAGCUAUGCUCUGCUGAUAAAGCAGUUCUUCCUAUUGAGAACUCUUUAGGCGGAAGUAUCCAUCGCAACUAUGAUUUACUUCUGCGACAUAGGCUGCAUAUAGUGGGUGAAGUGCAGUUGCCCGUGAGCUUCUGUCUUCUUGCUAUACCUGGUACAAGUGAAGAACAGUUGAAUCGUGUCCUCAGCCAUUCUCAGGCUCUUUCACAGUGUGAUACUUUCCUGACUAAACUAGGCAUCAUUAGAGAAAAUGUUGAUGAUAGUGCUGCUGCAGCGCAGUUGGUAGCAUCCCAUCACCUCAGAGAUGCUGGGGUUGUUGCAAGUGCUCGAGCAGCAGAAAUUUAUGGGCUUAAUGUCCUUGCGCAGGGGAUCCAGGAUGACCCUGAUAGCAUUACACGCUUUCUGAUACUUGCUAGAGAUCCUAUCAUCCCAAGAAUUGAUAGACCUUUUAAGACAAGCAUUGUUUUCACUUUGGAAGAGGGUCCUGGAGUUCUAUUCAAUGCUCUUGCCGUAUUUGCUUUAAGGGACAUUAACCUGACAAAGAUUGAAAGCCGACCACAAAGAAAGCAACCCCUGCGAAUAGUCGAUGACCUUAAUAUUGGGAGUGCCAAGUACUUUGACUAUCUUUUCUAUAUUGAUUUUGAAGCAUCAAUGGCAGAUCCACGUGCACAAAAUGCAUUGGGUAAUCUUCAGGAAUUCGCCACAUUUCUACGCGUGCUCGGAUGUUAUCCCAUUGAUACUUCUCUACAGUGUAUACAACAACAGUAACUUUGUUCUGCUAAAUGCAACUCCUGUAUAUGAUCCUCUUAACUCUAGGUUCACCCUACAUUUACAGCUUUAUACUUUGUUCUACAUCUGCUCUGUUCCUGUAUGAUUUUGUAGGACAAUAAAUUAUAAACUUAAUCUCCUGAUUUGUAAUUCAUCAGAAAUUAAGUGCUGGUGAAAGCCUGUCUUUGCUAUCUUGCUAAGUUAUGCAGUACGAUCGUUUGAGAAGAUGGUUGUUUCUACAAAAUGCAACUAGGGGUUAGUAGGGCUCAGAAUGUUUCCAGGGACCCACUCUGACGCCCAAGUCAGUAACAGUCUGAGACAAAUUGCCUAAUAGGUCCUUCCAGGAGGCCUGUGGCUGCAAGGUGGAUUACUACUUAGGACUUAUUUUGACGUGAGGUCUUUUGUAAUUAUUAUCUGGCAAAAUGUACUUUUGAGGAUUAUUUAUAUCAAUAGUAAUUAAUCUCAAAGAUUUAAGAUUGUGAAA